AGCUCCUUCCCGCGGCUCUGCGAUGCGGCCCGCAGGGUGACCCGGGCGGGAGUCCGGGGACCCGCGAUCAGCCCCGGAGGACGGGGUGGGGUCGCCCCAAACAGGAGCGCCGGGACCGCUGGGACCCCGCACUCGGCGUCCGCCGCCGCCGGGUAGCCGGGCAGUGGAGGUCCCGGAUGAGGCGACAAUUUUUCCGGCCCCCCCUCCCAGUCCCGCCCCACUUCCGGGGCCGCCACUUUCACUUUCUCUUCCGCCGAAGCCGCUCCCCUUGCGAAGAACUGGGGCCUCCCGGGAGGAGAGAGGGCUUUGCCUUGAAACCCGGGACGCCAGGGGCGCUCCCGCAAGUGGGGGUCCUCCGGGACUUGGAACGCCCCGGCUGGGUGGUGUCCGGGCGUCCUUUCCCCGCUUCUUCCCACCUCGGCUGGUCCCGUUUCCUCCUGCGCCCAGUGCGGACCUGUCUCGGCGCCCGCUGCCCUCUCACCGCCCCACGCAGGAUCCCGGCCUGGUCACCGGGCAGUGUGAUGCUUCCCGACUGCCGCGGGGACAGCGAGGCACACACAGGGCUUGGGCCGCGCCGGAGGACACACGGCCUGGCUGAGUUGCUCCUGGUCUCCCGCCUCUCCCAGGCGACCCGGAGGUAGCAUUUCCCAGGAGGCACGGUCCCCCCCAGGGGGAUGGGCACAGCCACGCCAGAUGGACGAGAAGACCAAGAAAGCUCCUGAAAAUAAACCCUGUGCUAACUGGCUCCUGCUGUACUGGCUUUCAGCAGAGGAAAUGGCCCUGAGCCUCACCCGAGCAGUGGCGGGCGGGGAUGAACAGGUGGCAAUGAAGUGUGCCAUCUGGCUGGCAGAGCAACGGGUGCCCCUGAGUGUGCAACUGAAGCCUGAGGUCUCCCCAACGCAGGACAUCAGGCUGUGGGUGAGCGUGGAGGAUGCUCAGAUGCACACCGUCACCAUCUGGCUCACAGUGCGCCCUGAUAUGACAGUGGCGUCUCUCAAGGACAUGGUUUUUCUGGACUAUGGCUUCCCACCAGUCUUGCAGCAGUGGGUGAUUGGGCAGCGGCUGGCACGAGACCAGGAGACCCUGCACUCCCAUGGGGUGCGGCAGAAUGGGGACAGUGCCUACCUCUAUCUGCUGUCAGCCCGCAACACCUCCCUCAACCCUCAGGAGCUGCAGCGGGAGCGGCAGCUGCGGAUGCUGGAAGAUCUGGGCUUCAAGGACCUCACGCUGCAGCCGCGGGGCCCUCUGGAGCCAGGCCCCCCAAAGCCCGGGGUCCCCCAGGAACCCGGACGGGGGCAGCCAGAUGCAGUGCCUGAGCCCCCACCGGUGGGCUGGCAGUGCCCCGGGUGCACCUUCAUCAACAAGCCCACGCGGCCUGGCUGUGAGAUGUGCUGCCGGGCGCGCCCCGAGGCCUACCAGGUCCCCGCCUCAUACCAGCCCGACGAGGAGGAGCGAGCGCGCCUGGCUGGCGAGGAGGAGGCGCUGCGUCAGUACCAGCAGCGGAAGCAGCAGCAGCAGGAGGGGAACUACCUGCAGCACGUCCAGCUGGACCAGAGGAACCUGGUGCUGAACACCGAGCCCGCCGAGUGCCCCGUGUGCUACUCGGUGCUGGCGCCCGGCGAGGCCGUGGUGCUGCGUGAGUGUCUGCACACCUUCUGCAGGGAGUGCCUGCAGGGCACCAUCCGCAACAGCCAGGAGGCAGAGGUCUCCUGCCCCUUCAUUGACAACACCUACUCGUGCUCGGGCAAGCUGCUGGAGAGGGAGAUCAAGGCGCUCCUGACCCCUGAGGAUUACCAGCGAUUUCUAGACCUGGGCAUCUCCAUUGCUGAAAACCGCAGUGCCUUCAGCUACCAUUGCAAGACCCCAGAUUGCAAGGGAUGGUGCUUCUUUGAGGAUGAUGUCAAUGAGUUCACCUGCCCUGUGUGUUUCCACGUCAACUGCCUGCUCUGCAAGGCCAUCCAUGAGCAGAUGAACUGCAAGGAGUAUCAGGAGGACCUGGCCCUGCGGGCUCAGAACGAUGUGGCUGCCCGGCAGACGACAGAGAUGCUGAAGGUGAUGCUGCAGCAGGGCGAGGCCAUGCGCUGCCCCCAGUGCCAGAUCGUGGUGCAGAAGAAGGACGGCUGCGACUGGAUCCGCUGCACCGUCUGCCACACCGAGAUCUGCUGGGUCACCAAGGGCCCACGCUGGGGCCCUGGGGGCCCAGGAGACACCAGCGGGGGCUGCCGCUGCAGGGUAAAUGGGAUUCCUUGCCACCCAAGCUGUCAGAACUGCCACUGAGCUAAAGAUGGUGGGGCCACAUGCUGACCCAGCCCCACAUCCACAUUCAGUUAGAAUGUAGCUCGGGGAGCUUCGUGGAUGGCCUUGCUUGCUGUAGCGUCGUAGGGGCCCUGCCUGCACUGCGGUUCUCCACGGUCACAUCUGCCCCAGUGCCUUUGUCCUUCCCUUGGGGCUUGCCGGCCAGACUUCUCUUCCCUGCAGCUCCCACCUCUGCCUGACCCCAGCCUUAAACAUAGCCCCUGGCCGGAGGCCUUGCUGGGUGGAGCCUCUGUGACUCCAUACUCCUCCCACUGCAACACUCAUCUGUCAAACACCAAGCACUCCCAGCCUCCCCGCCUUCAGCUGUCAGCUUUCUGGGGCUAACUUCUCUGCCUUUGUGGUUGGAGGCCUGGGGCCUCUUAGAACUCUUGCUAACCUGUUCAGAGCCAGGAAGGAGACUGCACAGUUUUGAAAGCACAGCCCGUCAGGUCCGGCUCUGCGUCUCCCUCUCUGCAGCCUGUGUAAGCUAUUAUAAUUAAAAUGGUUUUCUGGGAA